AUGUCAACUCAACAAGGAAUACAAUUCUUUGAAGAAGUUAAUUCUAUUGAUGUUGGUAUCACUACGAUACAAACCAAUAUUGACCGAAUUCAAGAAUUAGAAUCAAAGAUUGUGAUUAGCACUACUUCAACGCAAGAGGAUGAAUAUAAUAAAGAACGUAGUAACCUGAUGGACAAUACAAAACAUCUCUUGUUACAAAUAAAAGACCGCAUCAAGAAACUUGAAUCUGAUAAUACUCGAUUACAAAAAUCCGAUCCGAAUAAUGCGAAUAUCAGUUCUCGGACGCAACAACACCUACGCCUUCAUGACAAAUUCAAUGGUAUUCUUAAUGACUAUCGUGGGAUCGAAGAUCAUUAUAUGAGACAACAAAAAGACAAAAUCAUUCGUCAAUACAGAGUUGCUAAUCCUCAAGCUACGCAAGAAGAAAUCGAAAAUUAUGUAUCUAAUUCGUCAAAUCAACCAGUGUUUGCACAUGCUGUACGCACUGGUGAGGCCCGUAAUGCAUUGGCAGAAGUUAAGAAACGACAUGGUAGCAUUAAAAAAAUUGAAAGCACCAUCACUGAACUAGUUUCUUUAGUCCAAGAAAUGGAGCUUACAGUAACUUCUCAAGAUCCUAUUAUCAGCGAUAUCGAAACCUCUGUGGAGAAAGUUACAGAUGAUUUUAAACACGCGAGUCAUGAUCUUGAAGAAGCUCGAAAAAGUUCAUUAGGUGCUAGAAAAAAAAAAUGGAUUUUCUUUGGAAUCAUAGCUUUUGUCAUAUUAAUCAUAAUCGCAAUUAUCAUAGCCAAGUUGCCUAGACAGACUAACGUCACCACAACUGUACCAGCUAAUAAUGUAGUUGUAUCGACCGUCAUACUUGUUAGCACUCCGAGCGAAAUUAAAAAAAUCAUCAGUUUUAAUAAAGAUACACCUACCAACGUUAUUGAUGAGGUAGAAGCAGAGAUUAAAAAGUCAGGUGGUAAAAUCACUGGCAAAACUACAAUUACAGGAAAAACUAUCAUGUAUACCAUACCCGAUGACGUCAUAACUACUUUUUCCACUACGGCUAAUCAAUAUAUUUCUGCAGACGAGUAUGAUGCCGUGGUUACUACACAAUGA